UUAACCAUUGCACAAUCCAAAUGGAACCACACCUCCGUUGCCAUUCUCCAGUGCUUCACCGGAUCCGAUGUUAUCAAAUGGAGGUCUUUCUACGAAACCCAUGAUCACGCUUCGAAAUGCCACUAUAGCGAGGUCUUCGAUCAUGCCAUUCGUGAGACCUUGUGUUGUCUAGGCCGCCUCAAAUACUUGAGUACUCCCGAAGAAGAUGAAGUCUAUUCAGUUGCACGAUUAUUGGGUGAUCUUGUUGCUUAUCGCGCCUCCGGAACCGGCCAUAUGGAACUCUUGGCAGCUUUAGCUUUACUUCAAAGCCACGGAAACUCUACAGAAUCCUUUGAAGAAUCCAUGGAAGCACCCGAGAUGCAAAUUAGGGAGGCUGAAGCUCUUCAUAAAUUUGCUGAAGCUGCAUACACAGGUCCAUUGCUUGAUGUUGGCCGAAAUCCAUUUGUAUUUCCUUGUGCAUGGCUGUAUAGACAAGGGAUUUUGUCUCCUUGGACACGAAACAAGUGGCAUUUUACACCCAUACUGGAUGGUGAUAACUGGUGGCGAGGUCAUGCUGCAGCCUUUCUAAAGUAUGUCAAUUUGCCUCCAGAAGCGCUUAUACAUGGGCGAGUCAGCCAGGUCAAGUGUGAAGCUGCAUAUUUUAUUGUGGUUCUACAUCAACUACAAUCUGUAGUAAUUGCUAUACGAGGAACUGAAACCCCAGAGGACCUAAUAACUGAUGGGUUAUGCAAGGAAUGCACCAUGUCUGUGGAUGACCUGGCUGGCUUGAUAAAUUGCAACUACAUUCAUUCUAAUAUAAAGAAAAAUGUGACUUCGCCAUUCCCCCACUAUGGGCAUUCAGGCAUAGUUGAGGCUGCACGAGAGCUUUUUAUGCAGAUUGAAGGAAAUCCUGAAGGGCCUGACUCGGAAUCCUACGGACUUCUUUCUAAAUUACUGGGAUUUGGUUGUGAAUGCUUUGGGUAUAAUGUCUGCAUAGUUGGGCAUUCGCUUGGGGGUGCUAUAGCUGCAUUGCUUGGACUGCAACUUUAUAACCGCUACCCUAAUCUUCAUGUUUACUCAUAUGGGCCACUCCCAUGUCUGGAUUUAGUUGUGGCAAAUGCAUGUUCAGAAUUUGUUACAAGCAUUAUAUUUGGAAAUGAAUUUUCAUCGCGCCUUUCAACUGUGCGGCUAAGGGCAGCUGCAAUCACAUCACUAUCACAAGAUCCUAAAGCAGAUAGUGCCAUGAUUUUCAAACUUGCCCAUAGGUUUCUAGAUGUAAGCAAAUAUCAGAGAAAUAAGUCCAAGGCAGAGGAUGAACCUGAGUAUCAUUCAGGGGCCAUCCAGGCAGAUCUAAACCAUCAGAUCCGCAGAAGCCAGUGUGAGACUGAUAAUAAAGCAGGUAGCAUCGAACAAGAGGUUCAGGCUAUUAGAAGGGAUCUUGUUACUGCUGACUAUGGUGAAUAUAUGAAUCCUUUUGGAAGUGAAGAUUGCCUCAACAAUGGGCAUGAACAAUGUUCUCUUUGGUCUGACACUAGGGCAAGGGAUCAUAUCAUUGAAAUUGAUAGUUCCGAAUUUACAAAUCCUUUUGCUAUAGAUGCACAUUCAAAUCAUGAUCCAGUGUCUCAGUUUAUAGAUACUGUUCCAAAUUCUGAAAAUCCAUCUGCGGAUGAUCCCCCAGAGCUGUAUCUGCCUGGUUUUGUAAUUCAUGUUGUAUUGGAGAAGAAAAGACCUCAAACUGAUCUUAAGACAUCGUGGAGAAUGCUAGAGAGGGAAAAAUGUUAUAGAGCUUACAUAGCAAAUAGAGAAAGCUUCAAAGAUAUUAUUGUUUCACCAUCCAUGUUCCUUGACCAUCUUCCUUGGAGAUGUCACGAUGCCUUGCAAAAGAUAUUGAAAGCUCAAACUGCUAAAGAUCAAGUAACGGAACCUCACAUCAUCUGAUAUAUAUUUUAUAUCAAUGAACUUCUAUGAAAUGAUUUCAUGAUAUAUAUUUUAUAUCAAGAAACUUUUAUGAAAUGAUUUUAUGAGAUUCAGCCAAAUUGUCUCGAUGUGGGAAAUCAUUGCGUUAUCAAAAGAUUUCCUUGGACAAUAGAACUUACUCUGGCAUUAUUGAAUGUAAUAUGAACUGGAUUAAUUUUUUGCU